UCUCAUUUUUUGAUGUUAAUGUUGCUUGUUAGCCUUUUUUGUUUACAGUUUUUAUUAUUUGUUGAUGGUGAGCUAGAUUACCGGUUUUGGUCGCUAUUUUUUUGUUUUUGUGGUUUUUAGAAAAAGCACCGUACAGUCGAAAAAUCUUGACUUUAAGUUUGAUGCCAAGAAUGGUCUAACUCAUAUUUAUUUGGUUUUGCACUCUUUUGCUUCAUCUUCAUAUGGUAUCGUUGAUGAUUCCCAAUUUUUCACUGUUGGCAUGUGGUAACAUUCUUGAUUGGAUCUUCAAGCUUAUAUAAUCUUUUCUUUUAAAUCUAUUGUUUAUAUCUGUUGAACUUCCAUGUCUUGGAAUAUGGUGUGGUAUCUGUAGCUUAAUUAGUGUUGACUUAUUCUGGAUAUCGUUUUAUCUUUGACUGUCAAAAAUAUUUUUAAAUCAAAUUCAUCAUUAUGGCCGAUCUUUCGAAGAUGGAAUCUAUUAUUGAUGCUUACCGUCUAGUUUGUGAUGAAGAACGUUCCCUUGAAGCAGACAUAAAGAAAAUGCUAGAAAAUGAUGUCAAAUUUACUGAAGAGAUGAAAAAUAUCUGUAGAAGGAUGCCCAAUUUUCAAAUGUUACCCAGUGAUGCCAAACAACUGUCAAACAACAUUCAUUUUACCUCUAAUCGGGCUUCUGAUGUAAGCUUUAAAAUCAAACAAUUGGAUUCUGUUAAAACCAGAGUAAGCCAGUGUUUGCAACGAGUUGGUGAUAUUUUAGAUUUGAAGUAUUGUACUCAAAAUAUUGAGGAAGCCUUAAAUAAUGAAGAUUACGAAGUAGCUGCUGCAAAUAUUCACAGGUUUUUAUCCAUUGAUGAAUCGGCUAUUCGCAACUCAGCUAAUGGUGCUAUAAAUGGUCAAGUUCUUGGAGGGUCUUCAUUGGAAGAGGCAUUUAUAAAGCUUCAUGAAGCCGAAGAUAAAUUGAAAACAUUAGUUAUGCGUAAAUUUGACGAAGCAGUUGUAGAAAAAGAUGUGGCAAGUGUUGAACGUUUCUUCAAAAUUUUCCCACUGCUUAAACAGAAAGAUGAUGGCUUAAGGAAAUUUUCUAACUAUCUAUGUCAACAAUUGAGUCAACCUAACGCAACUGAGUCAAAGUCAGCUGGUCUGAGCGAAGUUAGUGAUCAUAUUGGACAACUCACCAAUCUCUUUGAAAGUAUUGCUAAGAUGAUUGACGUCCAUACUCCUCUUUUUGAGACUUAUUACGGACCUGGUAACAUAAUCUAUUGUGUUGAAGUGUUACAAAGAGAAUGUGAUCGUCAAACUAAGAAAAUUUUGGAAGAUUUUGUGGCUAAAAAAAAUCUAUCCGGUGUUGUAUCUUCAGUUCAGAAAUCAAGUAAAUCCACUGCAACUGCCAAUUCUAUUAACAAAGUUGACCCAAGGGAAAUUGUUGGUCUUUUAAAUGAUCUAAUGAAGAUUAAUUCUAGAAGUGAAACAUAUUUCAAGUUUAUCAGAGAAAGGACCAAAAAAGACAUUGACUCUUCCAUUAAUGAAGACGAUGAUAACCUAUCUGUUGAAGAAAAACUGAAAAAGGUUGAUAGUCUAAUCCGUAAUUGUACUCUAAGCCACAUGAUACAAGAACUUAAUGGAGCUUAUGUUUUACUUGAAGAAUAUUUUGCUCGUGAAUCGUGUCUUAAAGCAAUCCAAGGAGAUGAUAUCGAAACAAGUGCAACUCCAACCUUAACUCCAGGAUCUUUAACAUCAAGCAUGCUAGAUGAUGUAUUUUUCAUCGUUAAACAAUCAAUAACACGAGCAUUAACUAGUGGUAAUCUUGACGUUCUUUGUGCAACCAUCAAUCAUACAGUUAAUAUUCUGGAAUCAGCAUUUUGUGAUUCACUCUCUGAAAGAGUUAAGCAUGGAUUCCCUAAUAUUGGAUCGAUUAGUGGAGCUCUUGGUUCACUUGAUUUAAGUCAAGCUUAUAACGCAUUGCAAACUGGUCGUUAUCUUCAAACAUAUGGGGACAUAGAAAAGGCCAAAAUUGUCUUUUUAUGUUCAUUAAAUAAUUUGGACACGGCAUGUGACUAUAUCAAAAGUUUAAAAACAACGAUUAAAGAUCAAGUGGUGAAAUCAUCAAUUAUUGUAGAGAAACCUGUUCAAAAGGAUAAACUUGAAAGUUGUUUAAAUGAUUUAUUUGGCCUUAUCGCCAGAUUUCAAUCGCUCAUUAAUUCUGGCUGUCAGCAAAUUUUUGCCAGUCUGAUCAAGGGUAGAAUCAAAUCAUGGCUUGAUUCAUUUAGUAGUGAGUCACAGCUACUAUCAGAGGAUGAUGUGAUGAAAUAUGAAAUUACUGAUGGGCUAAGACCUUACACGCAAACCUUAAUGAUUAAUUUGGACUCUAUUCUCAAAAGCAUGAAAACAAUGCUUACAAGCAAUAAUUAUAAAAAUCUUAUUAAUAUAACAUCAACUGAGUUAUCACAAAGGCUUGAGACAGUAGUUCUCAAAUGCUCUUUUAAUAAGCUCGGUGGAUAUCAAUUGGAUCGGGAAAUUAGAGCAAUAAUCAACUAUAUAUCAUCUGUCACCAAUUGGCCUAUCCGAGAUAAAUUUUCACGCCUUAAGCAGAUUGCAAUUGUUUUAAAUUUUGAAUCAAUUACUGAUGUUCUUGAUUAUUUCAAUUUAAAUGCCGAUGGUUCGCGAAACAAUUCCUCACCAAGUAAUAUGGUUACUUUAUGGUUAACACCCAAUGAAGUACGGCAAAUUUUAAAACUGCGAGUCGAUUUUGCAUCAGAAGACAUUCGUAAAAUUAAAUUGUAAUUUAAAUGAAACCAAUAUAGAUUUGUGUAAAAAUUUUGGAUCGAUUUUUCUAAAAAAUUUAAUAACCUUUUUGGAUAACUUUAUUGUCAUAAAAUCGAGGUUUCAAUUUGUUCAAAUAUUCUCGUUUGUUUUGAAUUCUUUUUGUUUGUAUUGAUUUUGAUUGGUUUUUUUAGUUGAAAUAGUUUAAUGGGAUCGAUCCCAAUCACGGUUCAAUAAAAUUUCAAUAUUUAU